GUCCCGCGAUCCAGAUAUAUCGCGGUCGUCCAUCGACGAGGAUCUACCCCUAAGACUCGAUCAGGAACCUCCAGGCGAGACUUCCGAGGCAUUUCUCGACUCUUCUUCGCGGGACCAAAAUGGCGUUCCAACUGGAAGACGGUCCCAUCACGCCGGAAGUUAAGGCUGUCGCCGAAAAGCAGCUGCGCGAAAACGAGGAAAACAUGAAAAACGGAAUCGUCGCCCUGAAGAAACUGCUCGAGGACGAUAAGACCCUCUAUUUCCGCACGGAUGACGACUUCCUGCUGAUUUUUCUUCGACCCUGCAAGUUCUACCCUGAGAGUGCGUUCGCCUUGAUGAAGAGAGUCGCUCAAUUCAAGGUGAAGCACAGUGCCCUCCUGGACAACCUGCUGCCACAGGACGAGAAGUCGGCCUUCCUCGAGAACAACGUGGUGAACGUCCUGAAGGACCGAGACGACAAGAGACGAAGAGUCCUCCUGGUGAACUGCGGGAAGUCAUGGGACCCCUCAAAAGUCAGCGCCGAUCAGAUGUUCCGACUGUUCUACCUAAUCCACGAGGCCGCCAUGUUGGAGCCAGAAACGCAGGUCUUCGGGACGGUCGUUGUCAUGGACUUUGACGGGUUGUCUAGGAAGCAAGUCAUGGGACUGACGCCGUCCUUCAGCAUGAGACUUCUCAACUUCAUCCAGGACGCCAUGCCGCUUCGCCUUAAGGAGGUGCACAUAGUGAAGCAGUCUCUCCUCUUCAACGCGGUGUGGCAGCUCUUCAAGCCCUUCGUCAGGGAAAAGCUGAAGAAGCGAAUGCACUUCCACGGCUCGCAAAUGUCUUCUCUUCACGCCUUCAUGGCACCGAGCCAUCUUCCAGCUGAUUACGGUGGCCAAUUGCCGAAAAUGGAUUACACAGGUGCCGAUUGGUACCCGGCACUUCUCAAAAUCGAGGACAGAAUCAAAGAAUGGAACUCCUAUGGAUUCCGCAAGCAGGAAUAGACUGAAGAUCUUCUUUUCCCUCCACUUUCUCUAUUUUUCUUAAGGUAACUCUUAACAAGUGUACAUCACGGUCCGUGAGCGUCGACGUUAAGGAUUUUAUACGUGUAUUUAAAAUUAGCCGCCAUUAGGCCAGGUUAAAUAAAUUGUUCACGACGGAUUAAUAAAAUGUGAUACUUCUCUUGAGAAGAAAUAAAGUACAGGUGACUGCAUAUGUAAAGACAAA